UCCUGUGUCCCAGAACCAUGAAGCCAAUUUUUAAAGACCAGAACAGACCGCGUUCAAUUAACGACAUCAGCUGUUUCAAUUCUUUCCUAACAGUUCUUGACUUCAUUAGUCUACUUUUUCCUUCAAUUCGCCGAUGCCAAUGGCAAUAGCCGCCGCCAUAACGCUGCCGUUCACCACCGUUUGCCGACGCUCCCUUUCCUGUUCUUCUUUCAGUUCCUUCCGAUCCUCUUCUUCGCUUUUCCUUCAGUCAGACACUCACCAACCGCUUCCAAUUUCCGCUGUUCGAAAACCUAAUUCCCGCAUUUUUGCUUCAAUGAGCAUCGAGGCUCCUGAGAAGUUUUCUCCCGAUUCAUUUCUAGAUCGUAGAGAAAGUGGUAUUCUUCACUUUGUCAAGUAUCACGGACUCGGAAAUGAUUUCAUAUUGGUUGAUAAUCGAGAUUCAGUGGAGCCUAAAAUUACUCCAGAUCAAGCUGUGAAAUUAUGUGACAGAAACUUUGGUAUUGGAGCUGAUGGAGUGAUAUUUGCAUUGCCUGGCAUCAAUGGCACGGAUUAUACCAUGAGAAUAUUUAAUUCCGAUGGUAGUGAGCCUGAGAUGUGUGGCAAUGGUGUUCGAUGUUUCGCUAGAUUCAUAGCCGAACUUGAAAAUUUACAAGGAAAGCAAAGCUUCACUGUGCAUACAGGUGCUGGUUUAAUUGUUCCUGAAAUUCAAGAUGAUGGAAAGGUUAGAGUUGAUAUGGGAGAGCCAAUUCUGAAGGCAUCUGAUGUUCCUACUAAAUUGCCUGCAAAUAAAGAUCAAUCUGUUGUUAGGUCAAAAUUAGAUGUAGAUGGAAUAACCUGGAAUGUUACUUGUGUUAGCAUGGGAAAUCCGCACUGUGUCACUUUUGCUACAGAAGCUAGCCAGGAUUUGCAAGUUGAUGAACUAAAUUUGGCAGAAAUUGGACCAAAAUUUGAACACCAUGUGAUGUUCCCUGCCCGAACAAACACAGAAUUUGUCCAAGUCCUCUCUCCAAAGCACCUCAAAAUGCGGGUUUGGGAGCGAGGGGCAGGUGCAACACUAGCCUGUGGAACUGGAGCUUGUGCUGCAGUUGUUGCUGCCGUGCUCGAGGGUCGAGCUGGGAGGAGUUGUACUGUCGAUUUGCCUGGAGGACCAUUGGACAUUGAAUGGAGAGAAGAAGACAACCACAUUUACAUGACAGGUCCAGCAGAAGUAGUAUUUUAUGGAUCAAUUCCUCUCUAAAUCCUUUUAUUUUAGACUUGUUUGGGCCAUCUUGACUUCUAGAAAACUCGGAAGAAGCUCCCAUUAGUUCUUCUAGUGUUGUAUGUCUAAGUUUUGCGACGGCAAGGGAUGGGUGGGGAAUUCUAUUUAUCCAGUAUGGUUGUGCCGCAUUUUUCUUUCACUCCUGAUGGGAAAUACUGUUGCAAUUGCGCACUCUUUAGCUCUAGGAUUCGUGUUUAAGGGUGUCAUUUGACAUAGCUCAUUUCCAUUUUCCAUGAUGAUGAUGUCUAAUAUUUUUAUUGGGGUCCAAGGAGAUUAGUCUUUCUUUUUCAAUACCAACUUCUUGUAAUAAAUUUUUGAAUCCAUCUUAUGAUUCAUACUUCAGAUUCAAUCUGAUAAUGGUAGCAUGAUGUCGAAAAAU